ACAUUCAACUUUUGGAAAUUUCUUGAAGCGGUUGUGGCUUCGAUUUUCAUCGUGCAGUGUACAAUUGAAUAACGUUAAAAAAAAGAUUUCGAGUUCUUAACGAAGGAAAGAAAGAAAUAAAAAGUAAAAGUGCAACGAAGUCGAUACAAUUCUUGUGAUUUAUUAAACUAGCUGAAAAUGUUGAAAAUUUUUAUUUUGUGCUCAUUAUUCGCUCUUUCGCUGGCUGGAGUUAUCCACGAUGCGGAACCAUUGGAAUCGGAAACAGAUCAUCAUCAUAAAAUCGAUCAUGAGCAUGCCACAUCUCAUCAAAGUUUUAAAAUUCACCAUUUCCAUGCUGUGCCAGUCUAUGUGAAACACGAAGAUGCACACUAUUUGAAGAAUCCCAUUGAAGUCGGUGGUGUGAAACAUAAGCUUAAGGUGCUUCAUCCAAAAACCGAACACAGUCAUUCGUACGGAUUAGAAUUGGAGAAUGAAACCGACCACAAGGAUUACACUUUGCAUGGAUAUAGCGGUGAUCAUGGAUACAGUGGUGGUGAUCAUUAUGAUGGGUCACAACAACAUCACACAUACGAAACAAUAGAACAGCAGUCCGAUUACGAUGGUGGUUCGUUGGGAAGUGCUAGCGAACCAAAAGAAUUGAGCCACCAUCAAUUCCAAGACAUCACCGUUCAUCACGGGCAUGACCAAUGAACCCACUGAGAAUCAUACACACCAAAAUUGAAUUUUAUUUAUGUAACAUUUGCUUGUAUUUUAGACGCCCAAUUAAGAGUUUUCACUCAAAAAGCUUAAUCUCAAGAGUAAAGAAGAAAAAGAAAGAAACUCAUUAAAAUAGAAAAUAAAGUGAAACGAUGAAACGAGCACAACAUUGA